AAUGUACAAGUCGGUGUAUAUAUGCUGCCCCUUAGAAUAAUAUGAUAUUGGCAACACAACAUACACCAACACCAUGACACAUUCUGUUAUCAAAAUACUGCUAAAUUUAGGUUAUACACACGUUAUUUUUCAUAACGAUUGUAAUUAGUAGUAAAAAGUCAUUAAUAUCGCCUACCCAAAUAAAGUUUAAGCAUAAUAAUUAGAUCAACUUAAAAAUAUUAAGAUGGAAAUGAAAUCUGAGCAAGCCGUUGAGUUAGAAAGCGAAGUUAUUUUGAGAGUUCCAUUGGAUGCCGCAAAUACUUUGAGAGAGUUAAUUAAAAAAGACGCAAAAGAGCAAUUAAGUAUAAAAUUAGAAAAUGAUGUACGUAGAGGUGAAGUUAUUAUUGGUAAUCAUCAUUUAUUUGCAAAGGUUGUAGAUUUGCCAACUAUUAUUGAAGGGCAAAAAACUAUUGAUAACAAAACUGUUUACAAAACUGCAGAUAUAUGUCAGCUGAUUCUGUGUAAAGAAAAUGAAGACUUCUUGUUAUCUGACGAAGAGGAUAAAUCAAAAGUAUUAAAAAAAAAAGAACCUAACAAAGUAGAAAAAAAAUAUUUAUGGCCACAUGGUGUCACACCUCCGCUAAAAAAUGUGAGAAAACGAAGAUACCGUAAAACACUAAGAAAAAAAUAUGUUGAAGCUCCAGAAAUUGAAAAAGAGGUUAAAUAUCUUUUAAAAAGUGACAGUGAAGCUCUCAGUGUCAAAUGGGAAGUUGUAAAUGAAACAGAAAUACAAAGUAACAGAAAAGUAAAAGAAGAACCAUUUAUGCAUGGAGAAAUGCGUAAUGAUAUCAAACAAGAUAUUGCUGAAAGAGAUAUCUUUGGAGAAGCCCUCAGUGAUUCUGAAGAAGAAGCUGGUAACAUAAAUAUUAUGGACUUAGAUGAAGAUAUGAGCCGAUUAAGUGCUGAUGAUAGCCGCCUAUCUGACACUAACUCAUUAAUGGAAGAGAAACCUUCUAUAUCUGGUAACCACAAACUCGUCACAGAAUUCACCAAAGAAAUGUUUAUAUCUAAUGAUAGCUCACAAAAUGAAAUAAAAAAAGAACAUUGCAUGGAAUCAACACUAGAUGAAAGUUUGGGUUAUAGUAGAGAUGAAAUUGGUGAAGAUCUUAAAUCUGAAUUGGAACUAAGCGAUGACAGCAAAUUAGGUGAUACACCAGUGUUAUCUACAUUAGUUCCGUUAGAAGCUGGAAAUGUGUCUUCUGAUGAUAUUAAGCAUAAAAUUGAGCAAUUACAACAAGAAAUAGAAGACCUAAAAGAGCGUAAAAAACAACAAGAUCUAGAAAUUUCAAAUAUAGAAAACAUAAAUUUAAGAGAAAGAUUUAUAAGUAUUUCUAAUAAUCUUUUUGCUGAACAACUGGAUAAAGAACAGCAGAUUCAAGAACUUCAAUCAUAUCUACUAUAAAAGUAUUGGAUCAAAUAGAAUAAACAUUUUUGUAAAUAAGUAUUUAUUAACUAAAAUACAAUUGUUUUUUGUCUAUUACUUCAUAUUAAAUAAUAAAUAA